CACUUUUCCUCUCCGUCCUGAUCCUCGCUGUUCUUACGUCUCUUAUAGCCUUGAACUUAUUGCCUGCCGCCGGCUUCCGGCUCUACUUUGUACCCUGCGUGUUGGAUUUAUGAAUCUCGCAAGAUGCAACUACCAGAGGGAAUAUCUCUACUAGCCGCUGAGCUUGUCGCGCUCAUCUGCUUCACUCAUAUCGUUGCCUUUGUGCUUUUCGCCGUCAUCCGCAUCCUUACCGGCGUCUCCAUCCAACGACUCGGCUACUUCUCUCUCCGCCAUAUAUCCUUCACUCUACCUAGCGGCAUUCUCAUCGAAAUAAGGCGUAUACAGCUUGCAUUCCACCGCCCCGCGUUUGCUCGUCCGUCAUGGCUCACCUUGACCGUCGCUGAUGUGUCUGUCUAUUUCGACCCGAUCGAGGAUUCGACUUCCACACCUGUCAGCCGCGCAUCCGGCUCGACAACGCCAACUCCCGCAGUCUCUCCCCUGGGUUCGCCAACGAAGGACCGGAUGGACUCGACUCCCUCGUCACCGACUUCUGAAAGCGACCGUCCGAGGAAGAAGAAACAGUCGACCUGGAAAGAGACAAUUAAGAGGCUGACCUACGCGAGUCGCAAGCUCCACAAACUGCUAAAGUACCUUCGGCUUUUAGAUUUGAGCAUUAAGAACGUCACGCUCAUAGCCGAAGACAUUGGCAAAAUGCACAUUCGCAGCUUGGCCGUCAGCGUUGACUCGAUCGAGAAGAACUCAAAGUUCUUCGGCACCGUCUUGGCAGCCUGCUCCUGCGACUCGAUCCAAGAUGCUGGCAAGUACGGCGUCGUGUGCUGGAAAUUUGCAGUCAAAGACGUGUUUUACGAACCUGAUGACUCGCCGGCUGAAGAGCUGCUUGACGUGUUCCAGUUUGAGCUGCUUGAUGUCUUCAAGAAGGAGACCUUGCUCACCGUUGAUCUGUCGCUCAAUGUGCGUGUCGGCAACAUCACUGUCCCUUACGACACCUUCUCGCUCUUUCAUGAACGCCUCGAUCUGCGGAAGCGACGGCUGUUACGGAAAAGAUCCUCUUUGGCUGGCGGAUCGUUUCCUCAGAAGCUGGAGGCACCGACUGCCGAGGAGGAGAAUCCUUCAGAAGAUUUGGUGAACGGUUUAUAUCUACUCGUCGAUGCCGUGCGCGAGGUUCGUGUCCAUGUCGCGAAAGUUGGGGUUUACAAAUUCUCUCCAGAGUGCGACUAUUUGAAUGCUAGAGAGCAGCCAGUCUACUUUAGUUUGUCGACAAAGGACUUCACCAUCGAUCUGCGCAGACUGAACCAGAACAGCCCGGGUCAUCGCAUGUUCUUCCCUCGACAAGACGUGUCUCAUCAAGCCAUCAUGACGGCCAUCUCAAUCACUGUUGGUCUGGAUGACACGAAGACGGGAGCGCACGAUGAACUCGUCUAUGUGCCGAUGAUCACAAUGACUUCGACUACCAAUGUCUUGCGCAAGGCGCUCGAUAUCUUCACCGGCGCGGAGACAGAUCGAAACUCGAGUCUGCUCAAGGGAAGUUUAUCCAUCAAUUCUCCCGCUGUCGAUGUCCGGGCACGGCAUCUACCCUUGUUUAUCUCUAUGCUCCUCGGUACAAAGAAGCAAAACGACAAGGCGACUGUCAAAAAGACCUCCCAGGCAAGGAUCCCAGGCUCGCGGAUAAGAUUGGUCGAGCUGCUGCCGCGCACAAUCAUCAAGCUCUCUAUCGAAGAACCUGGUGCCCGUGUGAAGCUCGACAACUUCCCCGUUCCAAAAGUCACCAACGCCAAAGUUGACCUGGACGAGCCGGCACUGCUGGCUUCCACAUGCUCAAUCAUCAAUUGCGAGAUCGAGUCGUCGCACACGCUGACGCCGUAUCCUCACUACAGUCUCACAAUGUCGUUCCGUAUGACUGAGUUUACAACCUGGCUGCGCGGACCGACUGGUCGGUACGAGCUCGUCAAGACUGAGUCACUAUCUCUCAAAACGAUAGCCGAGACCAGCCCUCAGCUUGACGUCUCGAUCUCGGGCACGCUGUCAUCUCUCAGCAUUUUCCUGACUCGUCCUGAAAACGUCAAUGGUCUCAAGGAUAUCUUUUCGCGCUUGAGAGGCGAGGUUCGGUCGCUUGAGUCAGCUUCGUCCAAGUCGCCGGAUCUUGAGAAGUCCGAUAAAAAGAUGAGGAAGAAUCCCUUGCGGCUGCUUCCGUCUUGGAUUUCUCGCAUCAGGCUCGAUGGCUCGGAUAUCCUGAUGUGUGCUUCGAGUAAAGAUCAUCAUCAAUCUGCUUCAGAAGUCAAGGACAUUGCGCGAGGGCUCGCUCUACAGACAGAGUCCUUCAUCAUUGACUACAAAUCCAACAGUACACCACGCCACAGAUCAUCCCUGGUGAAGCGACACCAACGAACCAACGCACACGCUGACUCGAUUGCAGAUCUCAACGGGACUGCGACGGAAUUCCCUCAUGCCAUCGAGACAUUGGGUGCGAAGUCGUUCAACGGAAAGUCUGGGAGACGCAAACUUGCGGUUGGGUUUCGCUGUAUCGACGUGUGUACUAUGGAUACGAACGACAUCAUUGAGCAAACUACUCCUCUGGUGCACAUUCCGGAUGUGGAGGUCGCUAUCGUCUCGUACGCCACUGAGUCGAAGCAGAUCGUGGAGGUCAAUGCGCUACUCAAGAAGAUGGUUAUCAACUACUCGCUGUUUCAUCACUAUUCGAUGCUCUUGGCAGUGCAGGCCAUCAUGGAGACUGUGAGUCCAGUUGAGAAGGGCAAGCCCAAAGCACCGAAAGUGUCACAACCCUCAGACGAGGUUCUUUACUUGGAUUUCCGAUCGCGCCAUAUUCGUAUCAAGGCGGACUUGCCGCUAUCUCCGCCUCUCAUGAUUGAGUCCGUGGGUCUUGAAUAUUCAAAACGAGCAGACCACAUGCCCAUAAUAUCGGCCAAGUUCUUCCGGAUGUUUGUCGAGACCACCGACGGAAGCAGUCUCUGGGAGAGAUUCAUCGUACUGCGACAUCUGCGGGUUGAGUUGGCAAGGAAGAGACCGCGGUUGGAUCUGAAGGUUCCGGCGCUGUCUACUAAGCAGGAGACUCCGGUAGAGGCCGUUGAGGACGAUAUUGUCAUUGGGACCGACGCUCUUUCUCUCUCUGUCCCUCCUGGAUUACUGGUCUACGAACUUGUCGAGGGUAUCGUUACCAGUUUCAAAGCCAUCAAGCAGCUGACCCACGAAUUCAAGUACGAUAGCGACGAGUACGUUUUGAAACCUACCGCGAAGGAACCAGUCAAAAUGCCGAGGGUUCGAUUGCGGUCUAAAGUCAUCGAAAUGAGGUUGGACGAUGACCCGUUCGAGGCGCGAUUGGGGAUCAUUUUCACCGUGGGAAUGAUUGAGAUGAAAUCGCGACUUGCGCGAGAGGCUGCGUUUGAGGCAAAAGUUCAGGCGCUGAAGAUUGCUUCGACGAGGAAACCUUCGCUGUCGCAUGAUCCUACGCUCCCGCCUGAUCCUGAGGAGCCGCUGAAGCGAAAGCAUACGUUCAAGUCGAUGAAGGGGAUGAAACACCACAAAAAUCCUCGGCUGAAGCGUGCGACGCCUAUCAGAUACACACCGACGGAGGCCGAGAUGCCUUCGGACAGUGCAGAGAUUUCAACAGAGGAAGCGUACACCAAGUUGAAAGAGCUGCACUCUAGUUCGUGGAUUCGACGGAUCACAAGAGCUAGACGGAUUCGUGCUACAACUGUCAUGUCAAGGAGACAUAAUAUCCUGGGCUCUGAUGGCGUGGACGUUGAUCUCACAAGUGAUGAGAAGAUUGUCAGUAUUCCUGAUUCUCCUCCCUUGUUUCAAAUCCUCUUUAGCGAUCCGGACAUUCUUCUCAGCAAGCCUAGCUUUCCAUUGGAGAAGGUUCACACGUUUCUUCAUGAUGUCGGCAAAGGUGUUCCGGAGAAUACAAUCUACUCACUGCUUGUGCCAUUCUACUGGUGCAUGGAAAUGACUGAAUUCAGAAUCUUGCUGCGCGACUAUCCCCUACCGUUCGUGCAUGUCCCGUCGAUGAACAAUUCACAGGCGGCCAAGGGCCCCGCAUGGUGUCUGAAGAGCGAUUUUGUCAUAGCCGAGGAGUUAUUUGACGAGGCUUCUUCUCGAUAUAUCCAAUGCCCUAUCGUUCCGCGGGUUGGAGAGUCUGAGGAUGCAUACUAUCUGACUGUGACACGAACCAUUGCCGCCGUCAAGAUGUACUCCAAUAUCAACAUCGACAUCGCAACAUCCUCGCCGACUCGAAUCACCUGGGCGCCGUCAUUGCAACCUGCGAUCCAACAGACGAUGAUGAGGUUCGAUACCAUGACGAAACCGCCGGUUGAUCCAUCACCAAAGGUUGGAUUCUGGGACAAGAUCCGUCUUAUUUUCCACUCCAAAAUUCGAUUUUCCUGGAUUGAUGGUGCUGUACAUCUACUUCUCAAGGGUUCUCGUGAUCCGUAUAGCAUCACGGGUACCGGAGCUGGUUUUGCCAUGUGCUGGGAGAAUAAUGUUACAUUUGAUAUCAACCCGACCGGCAAUCAGCAGGACUUCAUGGUCGUCGAUAGUGAGCAGUUCUUGCUUGCUGUUCCGGAUUUCAAUUACUACGUGCGCCAACUCAACAGCGCUCAGGAACUGGUUGAGGAUUCUUUGAGUACGCACUCUGACUAUCAGACACACUCUCGGUUCAACAAGGUUGUCAUGAAACUGUCCGGGAAUGUGCGAUGGAAGGCGGGCUUGUUGUUUGAGCGCGAUCAGGCUGAUGGCACGCGCGCGUUUGAAUCUGUUCCUCAUUACACUGUGCAGCUCCGACGACCCGACUCUGUAGACCCUUCGAAACAACAUGAUUCCUAUGCCGGUUUCCGGAGUGAUUAUAUUCACCUUGCGCUUUCUGUUACCUCGCCCAGGGAUGAACAGUGGUCGCCGUCUGCUCGGAAGCAACUGUCUCACAGCGUCAACAGUAUUCAUCUGUCGCCGCGUGCCUUUACUCACUUCUUCCAAUGGUGGGAUCUAUUUGCGGGCGAGAUGUCGCUUCCUGUUCGUAACGGAGAACUGUUCCCGCCUAUUAUGGUCUCAAAGAAGUUUGGAAGACAUCUUGCUACUAUCAAGUAUCAGUUUGCGCUGCGUUCAUUUUCUGUCAGUCAUGUGUACUUGUACAAGCGCGAUGAGGAUAUGCACAAGAAGGUGAUGAACUCCGUUGGAAUCAAGGGACGCAUCGAUAGUUUCAUGAUGGAUCUUCAUCAGCGGCGAGAGUUUAUCACAUACACAGACAAGGUGACGAAUCAAACGCGCAAGCGACGGAAGAUGAGACUCAAUGUUGGCGAACUUGAUUUCCAAAGUGCUGAUAUUCGGGGAGUCACUGCCUCUUUCAAAGAGCGCUCGGCCGAGGAACUGGCUACGGACGUCAGCGGACUGCUUGCUGAAAACUUGGAGACAAACUAUUCUGAGGAGUCUCCGUUCAGCAACUCAUUCCCCAUGGCAAAGCUCAAAGUGUCUGACAACGAUCUUACGUGGGUCGAUAUUGACGACUACAGAGAGUUGGAUUCGUUCUGUGGAACUGCGAAUUUGACUUCCGUCAAGGUCCUUCCUCUUAUAUUCACUCCUCGAUUUACCUACUACCGACAAACCGAGCACGCGGCAAGCGGAAAUGGUGAUCAGUCUGGUGUCAGCACCAGUUCCUUUGGAAACGAGCCUUCUCAUAGCUGUUUAUUGAGGCGGACUGAUACGGUGAAAUUCCAGACGGAUUUGAUUUCGGCGAGAGCAAGGGAGCUGGAGGAGCAAAUCGUGAUGAAUGCGGAGCAAAUUGAAGAGUACAGAAGGUCUGCGAGACUUUCUACAGCUGAUCAUUUCGCCCGGCAGCGCUUCCUACAAGCCAAGAAAGACGCAGAGCUGCUAGAACUGAAACGGCAUACGCUGCAUCAGCUAUGGUUUUCACUUUUGCAGUCAACCGGGCACAUGUCGGAAGCCGACGUCAAGAAGCACGACGAUUAUCAGAGCGAGUGCUGCAAAACCGGUGCAGAGAUUUUCGGCGACGACAAGCUCGAUCUCAUGUCCAAUCUUCAGUCGUUACGAUCACUCGAGGACGAGUCAUUCUCGGACUUCAACAACCGGUUUAUUUUCCAUAAUGUGCAAAUCAAGUGGUCCAAUUCCGUUCGAAAUGUGUUUUUGAGAUAUAUCCAUCAGAUCGGACAGCGGAAAGGUCUCAUUUAUUACAUGUCGCGACGAGCGGUUAAGUUCAUUGACGACCUGGAUAAAGAGCGGAAGAAGAAUGUGCCUGAUACUCCUAUCGCGGCAGCCCGGGCAUCGUUUGAAAACAAAAAGUCAAAGCCUCGGCAUUCUGUUUCUUCGGACACGGACGAGUUGCGCGAUCUCGAGGACAGAGUGAUGUCACGGUUAACUCCGGCAAAGUCGAAAGAGGAGGUUGAAAAGCUGCAGACAGAUACUAUGAUUGAGUAUCUGCUGUCUGACGCUAAGCAGCAUCUCGUCGUCGCGGACCCAGAAAAUGGCAACGCAUCGACAUCUGGGGCACAUCAUCACCAUCACGACCAUCAUCAUCAUGAAGACGGAAGUUCGGGCAAUGGAAUAGCUCCUGAAGACACGUCGUUCGCAGAUAACGAGGCUGCGUACGAAGAAGACUCAGCGUCAAGUGACUCUGACGGUUCAGAUGACGAAUUUGAGAGCGAUGAGGCCUCGGAUAACAAGAUGCUUGAGAAUCUUGCGGCACAAUACGUCGCUAGAAGCAGUUAUGUUAUUCGAUUACUCGGUCCGCAGAUCCAGCUUCAGAGUGAGGUUAACCCUGACUCUACGCUGUUGGUGACUUCUCAAAAUAUCGAGCUCAAGAUCAUUUCGAUCAUGGACAAGUCUGAACUCGAGGAUGAUGUGAGCGGUCUCGUGCAGUCUAGAUAUUCGGCUCAUUUGGACAAUGCUCAAUUCUUUGUGUUCCAUAAGAGUGACCUGAUCCGUCAGUCUCACUGGCUGUUUGCCAACAGCGAGUAUGGAAGUUCGAGGGUUUACACAGGCAUUCAGAAACCGCAUCAGUCUCCAAUGUCGUCACCCACAGUGGAGGAUGAGCCUGCGGCAACAUGUAUCUGGCCUCCUUGGGUUCCGCUUGAAAGUAUAUACGAGGGUUCAGCGCUGAAGAGCUCACGUAUUGCUGAACGAACGUCUGCGUCGCUACUAUACGACAAGCACAAUUCUCUACGUCUCAAAUAUGGUGACAAGGUUACUGAUCAAGCACCAUCGAUCAACGGUACUCAUUCCAUAGCUAGGCAGGUUGAUCAGUUGUCAGUUGAUUUCCCGAAGGUGGUUGCUUUCAUUGAUUCGUUACAAUAUUAUGCCGUUUACAUUAUUGUGAUGGAUCUACUGAUAUACUCGGAGCCGCAUUCCAAGAAAUCGAAUGAGAGGCUGGAGAAGAUUCUGCUGGCCACCGAUUUCAGCGAUCUAUCGGGAGCAGCGGAAAUGGUUGAGACUUUGCAGCGUGAGAUCAGACAGUUGGAGGAGAUCAAGACCCAGUUCUUGGUAUACUCUUCUGAGCUUGACGAGCAGAGUUGGAGUGAUUUACGGAACGUGAUUGGCGAGUUGCGGAGUGCACAGUCUGAGUUGUUUUACAUCAUGAAAGCUAUCACGAUUAGCCAACGGCGCCGAGAAGAGAAGAAGUCUGCGACAACCGGCACGCUACAGUGGCUCAUCACUGGCCAGCAAAUCAUUGCUCAUCUGCUGAUUGAGGACCGCACUCCGUUUGUCGACAUUGCGCUUGCGAAGGGGUCAUUCCGAAGACUUGAAAACUCUGACGGGUCAAACUAUAAUACGAUCGAGAUCGAUAUGCUUCAGGGUAUCAAUCUUCUCAAGGGUGCCCUCUAUCCGGAGAUGCUUUCUCCUUACUUUGAAGGGAUGAAAGAUACGGACAAGAAGCGGAAGGCCGUCAGAAUUGACUGGUACAUGCUGGAAGCGAUUGGCGGAAUCCCUGUCAUGGACCACUUGGAAGUUGAUCUGAUCCCGUUGAAGAUUCAGCUGGAAUACGAUAUCGGACAAAAGUUGUUCCAGUACAUCUUCCCUAAUCAGGCGCAGUCGCCUCUACAAGUUCCGAGCGCUAUUCCGGCAGAGUCUAGUGGCUCGGUCGCAACCGGCGCUACUGGUGACGGGCGAAGAGGAAGCCCAACGGUGCCUCAGACAGGUAGCGCUUUCUCUUCAUCCUCUGAUUCCGAAGAUGCGGACGACCGCAAAUCGUUACGGUCUAUGAAGGACAAUAACUCCUCGCAAAUGAACUUGAGCAUGUCGAGUGACACGCGAAGCAUUCAUUCGACCCACUCGUUUGUAUCACGCCACAGACCCGUCGUUCCUGAGCAUAAGGCGCAGAAAUUGCGUCUGUCGUCUACCGGUUCAACCAUGAGCUUGAAAGAGAAAAACAGCGAUACAGUCUCGUUGCGAUCGUUCAAUUCUGCAGCUAGCGAUAUGUCAAAGGCACAUACCGGCGUCUCUGGACGGGUUCAGUCAUUCGAGCAGAAUUUGAUUGACGAUGAUGACCUGUCGAAGAUGGUCACUCGGGCAUCGAACUUUACCACGUUUGUCUACGUCACUAUACCUUCUGUCGUAUUGUGUAUCAGUUACAAGGGCAAGGGAUCGCGGAACAUUGAAGAUGUGAACGAGUUUGUCUUCCGGUUGCCGACAAUUGAGUAUCGGAAUAAGACCUGGUCUAAUCUUGAUCUUGCAUUGCGGAUGAAGAAGGACAUCAUCAAAGCGUUAAUCUCCCACACCGGCGCUCUGAUCGAAAACAAAAUCAAACGCCGCCAGCCGAAUUCUCGCAAAGUCAACUCUGGACCGCUGAUUCGACAGAUUUCAGAGUAUGCUGCGUUCACAAGUCUGGCGGAUCUGAGCGAGACGCGGAUUAACAAGGAGUAGUUUUGAUUGAUGCUUUGCUUUCUAUUGCGUGGGUGGAGUUGAGUUUUAUCUAUAUCGCUAUUUAUAUUUCUAUUUCUUCCUUAUUUUUUGUAUUAUUAGCUGUUGUAGAUGAUAUAA